UGAAAAAUAAGGAAAAACAGUGUGACAUGGGUGAUUUGUUUUGUUUUGUGUCGCCCCUCAAACUGAGCUGCUCUGACUCCAGUUUGAUCUUGGCAGACAUAUUGCGCAAUAAUUUCAGGUUCGGCCAAAGCUGUGUGAGCUGUGUGAAAGCAUUGCUGAAAUGAAGGAAUUUGGCAAACAGACUAAUUUUGCUUUGGAGUGGACAAGACGAAAAACGAGUGCCGUUGUUGAAAGAAGCCCUCCUGUGGCCCGUGCAGCUGCCUCUACAACAGCCCGACUCCCCCCCCCUCCCUUUUAUCCCCGGAGACCACCAGGCCCUUGUCAAGCUGUACACACAUAUAACAGCACAUGCACAAUGCAUGAAAAGUCUCGCGCAUUUAAACUGCGGUAAUUACUCGCUGAAGCUUUGGAAGAGAGCUGGCUUUGUUCCCCCUCGGCUCAGACUGGGGCGGGUGGGGUGAGAGCCAAUGAGGGAAGGAAAACAUGCGGGAGAAGUUAGGGGGGGAGAAGUUUUGCCAUGUUGUGGCCGGUGUUGUCUCCUCUGACUACAGAUACAUGCACAUGCACUACUACUGCGACAACGCUGCUUGCACGACUGCUGCAAAUGUGUAACCAGAAGGACUAACAGGACACACACAGAGGACUGUUGAUCAUCUGUUGUGGGAACAGUGACAGUGGGAGCAGAGAGAAGAAGGAUACUGCUGCUUAUUUUGGAGCCACAAAGUAGUUUGAGGUGUCCAAGUGGAGUCAACGGACCGCAGAGAGAAAUGGCACAGGUGAAGACAGAGGUGGAUGGCAAGACGGAGACGGCAGGGGAAGAGGCGGUGCACCUCCGGAGAGAGAUUGGCCUGCUGCCCGCCGUGUCCUUCAUCAUCGGCACAGUGGUGGGCAGCGGGAUCUUCAUCGCGCCCAAGGGAGUCCUGAUGAACAGUGGCAGCGUGGGGCUCUCUCUGGUGGUCUGGGGGCUGUGUGGGAUCCUCUCUAUGUUUGGGGCUCUGUGCUACGCUGAACUGGGCACCAGUUUUUCAAAAUCUGGGGGCCACUACACUUAUCUACUGGAGACACUGGGGCCACUGCCUGCCUUCUUACGACUCUGGGUUGAAUUCUUAUUCAUCAGGCCAUCUGUUGCUUCCUAUGUGUCGCUGGCUUUCGGCCGAUAUGUGGUGGAGUCGUUCUUUGCGCCGUGUGCUGCUCCCACAGUGCUUAUCAAACUGGUCAGCAUCCUCGGAGUGACGUUCAUCGUGGCGAUCAACUGCUGGAGUGUGAGCACGGCCUCUCGCACUCAGGUCACCCUCACCUUUAUUAAGAUGUUCGCUCUGGUCCUCAUCAUCAUCCCUGGUGUCAUCGCACUGGCCAAAGGAAAAACGGAGAAUUUCCAGAAUGGUUUUGAGGUCGCCUCAUUAACAUUGGAUAGGUUGCCGCUGGCCUUCUACAACGGCCUGUAUGCCUACGGCGGAUGGUUUUAUCUGAACUUUGUCACAGAAGAGGUCAUAAACCCAAACAGAACCAUCCCACUGGCAAUAAUCUGCUCCAUGGUGACAGUGACAGUCUUUUAUGUGCUUGUGAAUGUGGCCUAUUACACCAUGAUGACCCCCUCUGAGCUGCUGAUGUCCGAGGCCGUGGCUGUGACGUUUGCAAAUCGCGCUCUCCAGGGAGUGGCGUCUUUGAUUCCGAUUCUCGUGGCUCUGUCCUGCCUCGGUGCGCUGAAUGGUGGCUUCUUUGCUGUACCCAGGAUGCUGUUUGUCGGAGCCAGGGAGGGUCACUGGCCUCCCAUCUUUUCCAUGAUUCAUGUCCGCAGACAAACUCCUCUGCCUGCUGUACUGUUUCUGUACCCCUUGGUGGUGUUGAUGAUACUCACCGGAGAGAUCUACCAGCUCAUCAACUUUGCCUCCUUCGCUCGCUGGUUCUUCAUCGCCCUGGCAACCUUGGGGAUGCUCAUCCACCGAUAUCGCUUCCCCCUCCACCCAAGACCUUUCAAGGUGCCCGUGGCCAUCGCCGUCACCUUUACGGUGGUUUGCUUCUUCAUCGUGGGUUUGUCUCUGUACUCGGACCCCUGGAACACAGGGAGGAGCUGUAUUCUCACACUGACCGGGGUUCCUGUUUACUAUCUGACCGUCUACCGCUACCGCUUGCCCCAUAAAUGGAGGGAAAUCUUCAACUACAUCAGCACGCAGCUGCAGAUCCUCUUAGAAGUGGCUCAGCAGGAAGUCCAGACAUACUGAGGACCCCAAAGACUGCUUUCUACUGACAGACCUCCUGGAUGCCAAACUUAACAAGUCCUAGAGCCUUAUUUCAUUGGAGAUUAAAGGAGCAGUUUGUAGGUCAUGACCAGAAUUUUAGUUUAACAGAAUGUGAAGAGACAGUGGCGUUGCCAAUAUAUCAGAGACGAUUGUGCGCUGUGUUGCUGAGUUUUUCUGAAGUUAGCAGUCGCCUCUAGCGUCCCUCUGCUUGCUGUGUCUCGUUGUCCCUGAAGUCAUAGUCCUGGUCAGAGUUGCUGUAAAUCACAUCCAUACUGUAUCCUGUUGUCAAACUGUUCUCCGUCUGUCUUAGGGGCUGUGUUCAGUCCCCGUUUGGUGUCCAGCUGUGCUCCCUCUCAGGAUGCCAAAUCCAGUCGAGCAGAGGCCUGUUGCCCUUGGUGACUGCCCCCAAACCCCCCCCCCAAAGUGAGGCACAGUUUAGAACCACUGGCUCCACAGCUAUCCGAGCCAUGAGCUAAUUAACUAACAGUAGCUAGUGAGAGCUGAGGUUAGCAUAGGGCAGCAGUUGUCGGUGACACUGGAGAUGUGCUGUCCCAGGUGUUGUGGUGAACUCCAUUCAAAUUCUGGCUAUAUUCUACAAAUGACACCUUCACUCCUUUGUGUUCCAAGUUUCCAUUCUGAUACUAAGAUGCUACGCUGAGAAACAGUUUUGGUAUUAACAUGUGACUUCUGUUGUAGAUUUCUACUUGAAACUUUUAAAGAGAGUAGGGUUAGUUAUUUACGUUGCUCCAUUGUCAGCUUCUUAACCACUGUGGCCACUGGAGAAAGAGGCGCUGCUCUCUGUUGCAGUGAUUUGUAUUCACAUCAGAAGUUCUCUUUUUUUUUACCGAGUUCUGUAAAAACCAAUAAACGCAUUUCUGAGUCGGACAAUCAAUGAAAGGGUUCCACUUUUAUUCAAAUAUAAAUAAAGGCAACAGGGUUUCAGCAAUCAAGCACUGAAGAUGGUGUUGUACAAAUCGUCUCCGCUGAUUAAAGGGUAACUCCACCUAUUCACAUAUCACAGUGCGUCUACUAGUGCGUAUAUGAAAAAAAAGGAACAUAAAGCCUUUUCUAGCUGCCAAGGAGGCUGCAUGUAAUCUGACCAUGACUAUGUUGCAUUGUGGGUAAUGUAGGCACCAAGUUUUGGGGGAAAAAAGGCCCACUGGUCGAGCACAGCACACCCAUGACUUGUUAUGGACAGUUUAAAAUGUAUCAUCAAAAUCCACGGCCAGAGAUAUCACACAUUCGUCUUCCUUUACAAAACCUGGUGCAUACAUUACCCACAAUGCAACUUGGCGACUCAGUGACAUCAUUGGAGGCAGAUUAUAUGCAGCUUCCUCUGGAACCACAGAAGGCUUUAAACCGCUUUUUCACACCCCUUAGACACACUUAAAUAAAAUUGGCAGAGAUUCCCUUUGAACGUGAACUACAGGGCAAAUCAAAGCGUAUUUACAGUCAACUACACGACUAAAUAAAAAGCCCCUCCUGUUGCAUGAGGCACCAAAACCAACAGAUUUAUUGUACAGUUGUAGAAAAAACACCAACUUUAGAAAACAUUUCACUCCUGCAAGUCACUCAGCCGUGCACAGAUCAACUCACACAGAAACACCCAUGCUCACAGACCUGAAGGGAUUAUUAAAGCCGUACAUUAUUGUGGCAUUUUCAACACAGAAACAGGUACACGUCCCAUUCUAUCCUCUAAAGAUGGCGCUGUAAAAAAACUGCUCUGCUUGGAACUAAACACUAUUCCCUCUAUGUUCUAUUUGUGCUGAACAGAAAAAUACAAAAAGGUGAUCUGCAUCUUUAUUGAAAACUAACACAGUCUGUUCUAGUCUGACACAAAACAUGACGUAGUUUGUUCCCAAAGAUAUGGUGUUGACAUGAGGCGUCACUGCAUGCAGAAUGUCCCUCUAUGCAGGUACAAAGUGCUGAUACUGGCAUAUGGAAGAACAAUUACUGAAAAGACAGAAGGUGAAGACAAUUCUACAAUUAAACUACAGAGACAAUCUUACUGCUGUUAGUGCCAUUUGUAUUACUUUGCCAUUGUUUAUUGCUAAAUAUCCUGCAUCACAAUCUAAAAGAGUACUAGACAAUUCCAGGAGGCACAGAAGCGUCUCACUGGCUCAUCAGGCAAUAUACGGUCUUUCCAUUUUCAUAUGUAAAAGCUAAAUUAUAUAUUAAUAUGUGCAAAUCAACUUACAUAUACACUUAGACACAUUUCACUUCUCUAGCAAUUCCUUCGAGAGUACAGACGGAUAUGAGAGGAAGGAUAAAUGUUGAAAUAAAACAGGAUUGCGUGUAAAGUUUCCACAUGGAUAGAAAGAAAAAAGAUAAAAGAGGCAGUUGGCCCUCAUGAAAAAGUAAGCCAGAGGUGGUGAGGGAAAAAAAAUGUGAGCAGCCUGCGAGUUUGACCUGGUAACGAAAAUUAAAGUGUCCCAAUUUUUCUCUUCAAUUUUAGUCCCUGGGGUGGCCAGAAACAUCCAGAGGAGAGCAAAGCAGACACAACAGAAAGCCAAUGAUCUUUAAAUAAAACAUUUUGGCAUUUACUCAAGCAUUAAAGCUAUAAAAAGUGUUCAGAUGAAUGACCACAGCAGCCGCAUAGAAAGUUUAAACUUGUUAAUUCAAUCACAGUAAAAAGCACCAUUUUACUUUAGUACAGAAAUCUAUAAAACUAUAUGGAUUUUACCUUGAAUCAAUAUAUGAAACAGUUUGUGGAUUUGAUUUCUGAUGGCACCUUUCUGGCAAAACCAAAUUAUAUCCAGUGUUGAUGAUAUUCUCAGAGUAUGCUUUAUAUUCUCUGUGAAACAUUGUCUGCACCUCCUUUUUGUCUGGUGUCCUACUCUGACCAAGUUAUUAUAAAUCCACAAUAUAAUGUCCAAAAUCUGACAACUUCCCCAAAUGUGUUUUCUUAAAAAGGUGCAAUAUGUAAUUAACUGUCAAAUUCACAGUCAAAGCAAAUAGUCAACAGGGUAACUGCUAACUGUAGCUGCCAUUAAAUAGUUAGCUCAGUUAGCUGUGCAGCUAGCCGGAUCUUUGGACUGAGAGUAUUAUUGAUCACACUGCUAGUAUGGGAGUUUUGGACAUUUGCAUCUGCUUUGCUGUUUCUGCCAGGGGCUUCCCAACCAUAGUGUUAAUGAAAUCAGAUGACACGUCCAUGUGAA